AUGUCUUCCUCGAAGUCGAUGGACUUUAUUCCAUAUGAGCUGAGCGACGAGGAAAGUAGGGACUUUGAUGACUUGAGAAAGGGGAUCGACGACCGGAAUAAACAACUUACAAGAGCAGAAUGCGGAGAGCUGCCCAAAUGGGAGUAUCCUUUGGGAAUAAUUAAAGACGCGCAAGAUGCGGCAAAGAAGCACCACGAUCUUGUCAGUGGCAGGCUGACCCGGCUUUUCGAAUGGCCUACUAAAAAGGAGGCCGAUGAAAACUUAUUCUACAAAGCUGAUCCACCCAACAACACAUUCGAUCGGAGCAAAGAGUGGUUUAGUGAGCAAGGGUUUCACUCUUUCGAGACCCAAUACUCGUUCUCGGACGGGUGGGACAAACAGUCUCUCACGGUGGCAAUCUACGUACCGCAGCAGUUACCAAUUGAUCAAAAGUCGCCCGUCAUGUGGAUGUUUCAUGGUGGCGGGUUUUGUACUGGUGCUGCCGACUUUAUACCAUGGUACUCGCAAACUGCCGUUCAAAGAGCCAAGCAGAAGAACGCCAUCAUCAUAGCACCAAACGACCCUCUUGGACCAGAAGGCAAUUACGUCGACAUUUACCAAGCGAUUUACGAUUUCCUCAGGUGGUACAAAGAGGGCGGGUACUUUAAGAAGGUCUGGGACGAUACUGAUGAUAAAACCAAGUCUUGGCAAGAAUGGCUAUGCCGCGAGGUCGCAAACAAGGGUGGGAAGCUCGCCAUCGAUAAGGAUCAAGUGUAUGUUGAAGGUGAAAGUGCAGGCGCACAUGCAGCCGUGACUGCGAUGUGGCUCAACGCGGCGAAAGACGGAGGACUGAAAAUACCCAUUCAAGCGGCCCUUUUGCGGUUCCCCAUGAUUGCGCAUUACAAACGCACAGUUAAGGCAGGAGAAAAAGUCCCCUACAUGGGUCCAAAGUAUUCCCAAGACGAUAUAAAGGCCAAAGCAGAAGCAGUAGAGGAAGAAAUCCUCAAACUCGAGAGAAUGGGUAUUGUACCAACCUGUACAGGCAGGCCACCACCUCGCGGUAUGGCCUUUGCGGUCUUCCUAUCCGUGCCAGGAAAAUGGCAGUCUUGUUUCCAGCGCCAGCACGGAGACUCUACGCUAGACAAAGAGCGACUCCUCGAUGAGGACGGCAUCAUCCGCGAAAGUCUAAUGGAUGGAAUCGAGAGAGCCGAAAUAUGCGCAAACAGAGUGGAUCAUGAGCUCCUGCCACCCAUCUACAUUUAUCACGGCCAGAAAGACCCUAACUGUCCCCUUACGAACACUGAGAAGUUCGUUGCGACGCUCCGGAAACCUGAACUCUAUGGCGACCGAUUCAAGGACACCAAAACGCUUUCCUUGGACGUCGUGAGGUAUUUGAACAAGAAGCCAAACUUCGAUCAGGCAAAAGGGAUACACUAUGUAACCGACGACGAGGUGGGUCAUGGUUUCGACUACGACCUCGAUGAAAAGGAUGAGCCGUUCUUAAAGAAGGCUUACGACUGGGUGGGUAGUUUUUGGGGCCUCAGAAGUGAGAAUAUCCCAUUAUGA